GGAAGUUUACGCCUUGUUCAGUCAUGUGAAACAAAACAGAAAAAGAUGCAAAAUCGCGUGCAUACGUUUGUUAAGACGAUGCAGCAUCAUAAAGCUUGACAUACACACACGCGUUGACAAUGGGCAUAAGCAAUCUAACAGUAUUGUGCCAAAUAACGGCAUUUGUGCUGUCAUUCAUUCUGUCCUUUUUCAUUUUCGUGCCCCUUGCUGUAAACCAAUACCAGUUUAAUGGACACUGUCUUCUGUACGCCACGGGUACUUGGAACGCGACAUCCGAGCAGUUAACAAAUGUUCAGUGGGGCCCAAAUAGCGCCUGUGGAUUCGGAAUGUUCAUCGGUGUUGUGAUGAUGCUUCUCACAAUUUUCUACAUGUGCAUUGACGCACUUCAUCUACUGCGUGACACCGAUAGUUCCUGGUUGGAUUCCUGUCUAACCACACUGGUGUCAUUUGUGAUCAUGUUGAUGUUGUUUGCUGAAAGUAUCACAAUAUCAGUGGGCUUCAAACACUGGUGUAACGUGAUAACCACUCAACCAGCGGGACUUGUUUCGUGUGAGCUGGCACCCUUUAUUCCAUUUGACUCCAGUGACAACAUUGACGCCUCCAGCUUCUAUAUUCACAUGAAAAUGGCAGAGUUUGGUAGCUGGUCAAGCUUCAUCUGCUGGGCAUUCCUGUUUGCCACCUCUGUGAUACGGGUGAUACGUUACCAGCAACAUGAAAGCUUCAUGACCAGCGUGAACAGAGAACGCGAGCGCAUCCUUCAGAAGUAUGGACCCAGGAACAGGGGAGAGUACUCUGCUGUGCCAACAUGAUGGGUUGUCUGUCUUUUGAAUUUCUAGUAUAUAUUAAUUACUGGUCGUUAUUUAAUUAUUGUAAAAUUGUGUGCAAUGGUUUAGAAUUUAGAUUUUAGUUUUUUAGAUAAUGGGUUGCUGUUUGUGCUUGAUCAGCAUAUGAAAUAUUGAGGUUAAUAUGAGAUUUUUUUACUGACAUUUUCUGAAAAUUUUGUUUUUGAUCUUAAGUGUGCUUUGAUUGAAUUUUCACAGAAUCUCGUUGUUUUAAAUAGGUUUACCUUAAAAAUUUACUAUAUUUGCAUACCUGCUUGUGGUUGCUUGUAAAGAAACUUCACACAUUCCUGUUAAUUGUUGCUCUUUAUAAAGAAACCAUAAAAAGUGCUAAGAGAGCUGAUUAAUUUCAUGCACACUAAUAUUUAAAAAGUAAUUUUUAUGUUUAUGUAGUUAUUUAUCCGCCAAUACAAGCUCAUUGGGUUCUGAUUGGCCAAUAAACAAUGAUAAAACAUUUGAACACCGCUUUAGGGAAAUGGGACAGAAUGGAUGUGCACAAGGUGUCUUCCGAGAUAAGACUCUGCAGUCUGCACAGGCUUAUCAAUGACAACGCUUUUCCCCCCAAACAGGAUUUUCCCGAAGAAGAGACAUCCUUUAAAUUCCAAAUACCUUAAAGGCAGAAAGUGUCGUCCCCUUAAGGCUAAUCUCGGACAACACUUAACGCCCCACUUUCUCUGAGCAAGGCUUGUUUGUUUUUAUUUUCUUAUAUAAUCUGAUAAUUUGCUGAAGGGAAAUCUGUUUGUGUUGUGAAUUGGGUCGUUAAAAAAUGAAUAUUUCGAACUCAUAUUAUUACGUCAACAAUUAUCAUGGAGCCAGAUAACUUUGAGAAACACAUGAUUAUAUAAUUUUGUAUUUCAUCAUAUUACUUGGAUAUAAAUUAACAUUUUGACCAUAGUUGUCCACACUUUGUUUUGCAUUUCUACAGUUAUAGAAAACCUAGUAGGUGAGCACAAAUUUUAGGGGCCAAAGGCUGAUGGGCCUCUGAUAAUUUAUAUCCCUGUUGAUGUGCAUGCAUUUUAUGAGAUCAGCUAGCUUUGUAAAUGAAGGAAACAGUGUGUGUAUCUGUACAAAGUCAAAUUGUGUUCUGCAUUUCUAAUAUUAAAAUCAUUUGUAACAAGAAAGAAACUGAAUCAUUUUUAUUGUGCAUUUUGUAAGGUUUGUUGAUUUGGAUUUACUGUCGAUUGUUUAAAACAUCUAAUUGCAUCAGUUGCAUGUCAAGUGCUGUUGCGUUCUGCAGUAUGCAUUGUUUUUUGAAAACAGAAUGCUGGUAAUAUUGAAUAAAGCAUGUUAUAAAUCUAAUUUCAUCCUCAUAUUGUGUUUAGUUCUUUGUACAUUUACUAUAUUGAGUUUUUAAUUGUUGUUAAUUAUUACAAAACUGAGUAUUGGUCCCCUAUAAAUACAUAAUAUUUUCUGGAUACAAGUAUGUUCAUUCACAAAAUAGCGUGAUAAAAGUUGUUAAAACUUAAACACAUUUUGAAUUCCAUAACUCAGAAGUUGAAAGAAAUGUCAUUCUUAAAAGAACUAAGUUAUCAGAUUUUAAACAAAUGAAUGUGUUUACAUGCAAGUGUUUGAUUUAUUUUUGAAAUUAUGUUUCUUUAAAAUCUUGUUCUACAUACUUGAACAGUGUAUAUUUUGAAUUUAUAUUCACCAUAUAAUGAGUUAUGUUAAUUCUAUGUAUGCUUUUUACAGCAAUUUAGUACAAUGUGAAUGAUGUUUUUGCAUGGAAUGCUGGCUUUUUGUCAAGAAUGAAUACAGGCAGAGUUGAAGUCUUGUGCUACUAAAUAUACAUAACCGAUCUGAGAGUGAAAGCUCCAAACUUUGGUGCAUUGAUAAUACUCAUUUUAAAUGUGCAAUUUGUCUUAUUAUGCCCCCUGAAGGGUGGCAUAUAGCAGGUGAACUGUCUGUCUGUAUGUGCAUCCGUGCGAAAAAAAAUUAAUUGGUCAUAACUUUUGCAAUAUUGAAGAUAGCAACUUGAUAUUUGGCAUGCAUGUGUAUCUCAUAGAGCUGCACAUUUUGAGUGGUGAAAGGUCAAGGUCGUCUUCUAGGUCAAAGGUCAAAUAUAUGUUGUCGGUCUGUGCGUCCGAAAACUUUAACAUUGUUCAUAACUUUUGCAAUAUUGAAGAUAGCAUCUUGAUAUUUGGCAUGCAUGUGUAUCUCAUGGUGCUUCACAUUUCGAGUGGUAAAAGGUCAAGGUCAUCCUUCCAGGUCAAAAUAUAUGGCUUUGCGUAGUAGGGGGCAUUGUGUUUCACGAACACAGCUCUUGUUUUUAUUACUGCUACAGCUUAAGGGCAAUUGUUAACUUUAAAUUGUGUGUUCAAACCUUUCAGCUGUAUUUUCUGUUUAUAUCUGAAUUAAGAUUUACAUAUACUCCGUGUACCUAUAUACUUGUUGAUUCAUUAACUUAUGGCACCAAAAUUAAUGGAGUGUAUAUUUUGUAAGUAUUUUCUGAGUACAGUAUCUUGGCAUCUUACAAUUUAUGGAUGAUGCAAGUAUGUUUGUAUGAAAAAUAACUACCGGUAAAUUGCAUUUUGUUUAGGGGACAAAUCAUGUUCUGUAUUAGUUCAAUAUUUACUGUUCAAUGUUUUGGUUGUUUUCUAUAAAUAAUUGACUCUUCUUGUUAUUGGUGUAAUAUUUAAGCAAACGUUUAAAACAAAAUAACCAUUUAAACCAUGUUUUUAACGUAUAAUAUUAAGAGCAUAGCAUGUGAUACUAUUUUUAAUUUACAUAGGUUGUAUAAAGGAAUUUCAUCAUGAAUAGAUUUUGCUUUUUUUUAAGAGUCUAAGUUUGUACCUUUAAUGAAUAAUUUACCUUAAACCCAUGACCAAAAGGGACUAAUUAUAACCAAACCCAUUUAUACUUAUAUACAGGGGUGUCAAUUGGCCAAAAUCUAAAAACCUGAAAAUAAGCCUAUCGUUUGGGGACCAGAGCAAAAAAGGGUUAAUAAUUCAUGUAACUUUGUUAACUAUUGUUUAUAACGUUGUAAACAAUAUGUCAAAGUAAAAUAAUUUGUGUUUAAGAUGACAUUUUGUGACAAUAAUCUUAAAAUUCCAGAACAAAUCCUCUGAUUUAUAUCAAUAUAAAAAUUGGUCCUUACAGGCAAAAAUCCUGAACUUUGACACCUCUGUAUAUAGCUUUAAGUCUAAAAAUGCAUGCAAUUUGUAUAACAAUUUUUCUAAAAAAAAAAAUUAUGGGUAAAACUUUCAAAUUUUGAUGCCAGUAAGUUUGUUUGUUUCAGCUUUCAUUACUUAGUGCAAAGCCUCAUUACGUUUUUGCGAUAUUGUAGCAUGAUGGUGUUGUUUUUUUUCUAAAAUUUAUAAAACCAUUCUUAUGUUGUUUAAAAAUUAAAUCAUUUAAUUAAAAAAGUAGUUUUUAGAUUUAAUUCUCCAUAACAAAAAGUGCUGAAGGGUCAGCUAAGGUGAAAAGUUGUUGUUUAUUGUCAACAAUUAACUCUCUGAAAUUGUUUAUGGGUGGACUUAGACUAAAAUUGUACAAAAAUUAUGUAUUAAAUCAAUUGUAAAUUAACAUUAUUCAUAUUUGAUUUAUUGUUGACUUUUUAGUUUUUCUUACAAAUCAAAUUCAUUAUUGAAUUAUAGGACUUAAUCUGAAAACAAUAGUGGAACUUUUAUAAAAAGUUUCUGCAACAGGACACCAGAAAUUCUGUCUUCGCAAACAUUUGGUAAAAUGUGAUAACCUUAUAAACUAGCAACCGAUUUGUAAACCAUGAACAGAAUAUAAAGUUUCUUUUCUUUAGUAGAUCUUUUACAAAGACUCUUAUUGAACUGUAAAUCAAUUUUAACAGGACUUAAUAAUUGAGCACAUCUGAUAACAGCCAGUAUUCAUUACCGGUAAACUACUUUAAAAUCAUAGUAACUACACAAACAACUUCAGACAAUUACAAAGGAAAUACAUUUAAAUAAGUUUUGAUUGAGCUGAGCCAGUGGUUGUAAAGAAACUAAAAGUUAUAUCAUAUAUAAAAUACAGUUAUGGUUCAUAAAAUAAUUGUGUAAACACUACUACAAUGAUAUAAGAAAAAAACUUUAUUCCACAAUACAUAUUCACACAGUAACAAAUGCGUAGAUAAGAAAACAGUACAUAUAUCAAUAAUGUACACCUGGCUGUUGUUAGUUACAAUCUUAACAACAACCAUUUACAUCUAAAGAGAUAUAGCACCGGAUAAAUCAAAGCAAGCAUACUUGAACAUGCGGAAAGAUCUAGAACAAAUCAAACAUUUUAACAUGGAAAUUGAGAGUCAACAUCUAUUGUAUCGUAUCUUUAUACUAUCUUACAGACGAAAAAUUAAUAUAAAGCGAUAAAACAGUUUCAUGUUAAACCCUUUACAUGGACCAAACAUCUAUAUGGAAUCGUACUUCAAGCUACUUCAAGACUGUCAGUGAAAGCUGUUCAACUUUGAUGUAGUAUAUUGGGGUCAAUUGUGUACCUUCCAGAUAUGAAAUCUAAAGCACCUUAUGAUAACUACAUCAUGUGUAUAUAAGUAAGAAACAAACUGCAGUCCGCACAGGCUAAUCGGAGAAAACAUUUUCUAAACCGGACUUUAGGUUAGGAGGAGUCUUCAUUUAAUUUAAACGCAAAAAAAACAUAAAAUCAAAGACUUGGCUGGCUAAUCUAGGACAACACAUUACACAUGCAUUAAGCCCUGUUUUCACAGAGCUAGGCUCAAAUGUUUGUGUUCUUGAUCUUUCCAAAUGUCCACACAGAUACAUAAGUUAGUAUUUUAGUAACAUGGCAAGUACCUGACCUUGUAUACAAUGUCAAGCUACCCUGGGGUUAAAUUGGCUACAAAGAAGAACACAGUCACAAAUUGAAUGACUAGAUACUUUGGUGAACACACCAACCUUAUAAUUGAACAAAAUACAUUUUUUAUUUGACAAUAGUCAUUUGUCAGAAGAUCUAAUGAAUUGUGAUGGUUAUAAAUGCUUUUAAGCAAAUGCCAAAUUAUUGUUUGCAAACCUAUUUAGAUUUUGCUUCAUCUACACAAUUUAUUGAAAUUCAGUUAAAAGUAAAUGCCGAAAUACGGAUUUGAACAUCAUUAUUCAAGAUAAUGUGCUUACAUGUAAAAGGCAUUGUUAGCAUUGUGUCAUCAAACUUCUACCAAGAGAAUACUGAUAAAACAGAUGUAAGAUAAAUACAUUCGAACAACACAUCAUUUGGCCUAUUUGAAGCAAAACUAGCUUCAGUGCAAAACAAUACAUUUAACAAUCAUCAUGAGAAAAAUUUAUAUAAAAUGUUCAGUGUGAAUUUCAGUCCCUUUUGUAGAAUAAAAGAUAAAAUAUCAAACAACAUUUACUUGUUUUAAAAGACGUAUUAUUAACUUUUAAAAAGUACACCUGCUGCAUAAAAAAUGCCAUUCUUUUCUUGAAUAAAUGUUUACAUAAAACAAUGUAAGAAAACACCUUAAUUUUCCACAAUCAGCUUGUUUAGUGAGAACAAAACAAUCCCAGGAAUGGGAUAUGACUACAGGUAUUAAGUCUUCACAGGUUUUUAUCAUGAUGUCAAAACACAUCUUGCGAUUUCAAUCAGAUUGUAAUCAUGAACAAGUGGGCAAAAAAUGUAACAAAGCAUUUUGCUGGUUUUAAUAUUACUUCAUAAUGUAAAAUAAAAAACAGCCGGUUUUUAUCACAAUAUUAAACAAUAAAUUUAAUAGGCAAUCAACAGUCAAUGACAACCAUGCAUGAAAAGAUUGUACAUUUAGCAUUAUAAAACCAGAAAUCCAAUAGCUGCACUCCUCCUCCCCCUCCCCCCC